AUGGCUGUUUUGAAAGUGAAGGGCCGCCGCCGCGGCCGAAGGCAAUGCGUGAGGGCAGUUCGGCGCCACGCAGCGAUGGUGGGCGUGCUGGGCACGCUGAUGUUGCUACCAACAGCACAGGGGCUUUUGCAUGGGGCUGCUGGCCUGCUGCAGGUCCCGCCAGCGAUCGUGGCUUGUCUUGGCAUUGCGGUUGCUGGAUGGAAGUCCUUCUUGUGGGGCAAGAGGACGACCAGCUGGCAAGGAUGUUCUGGCGCCAGGCAAAGUUAUGCGGUGCGGGGUGGCGCGGAAAAGCAAGAACAAAGGCAAGAGUGCAAGCUUGAGCGCGGAGAGGAGCAGUUCGAAGGCACAGGCCUUUGCAAUGUGGGCAACACAUGCUACAUGAAUGGCGUCCUACAGGCUCUCUUCCAUUCCAAGCAGUUAUGCCUUAGGCUGCAAACACAUGUUGCGCAGAGGAAGUGCGCGGCCGACUGCGCCACAUGCUUGCUUUGGCAAACCAACGAACUUCGACUCUUUGGCCAAGCGGACCGUGCGACCAUGGAGAUGUGGAAGCCUUUCUUGCAAGCAGCUGGGCUAGGUGGCGGUGAGCAGCAAAGUGCUGCGGACUUUGCCAUGUCGUUGUGCUCCAAGGCGCGGGGCAGCAAGCCGGUUGUGUAUAGCGUAGAGGACACUGUGAAAGGGUGCUUCGGAAUGCAGGUGCUUCGGCAGCAGCGCCACAAGUGCAGCGUGGGCACCUGCAGGAGCUACAAUGUCGCGCACAGCACGGAGAUGACCGAGGCUUGGACAGUUCUCCUUGUUGAGAACAUGCAGCGCAGUCGCGCCACUGCACAGGCGCUGAUACAGCGCACGUUCCAAGGCCAGUUGCUGCCGCAAGCCUUGAGGUGUGAUGCUUGUGGGGGCCAGAAGGACGUUCUUCAAGAGUCCAGGCCUUUGUCAGCGCCAGAGGUCUUGAUUGUAAGUUUCCCUCGAAACGGCCACGUGGACCCGCACACAGGGCGAUGGUGCAAGAAUGAGCGCGAGGUGGACUGCACAGGGCCAGUGGAAAUCAACGGCACCUUGUACAGGUUUGUAGCAUUAGUGGAGCAUAUUGCUUUAGAUUGCGGUGAUGCUGAACAGGGGCACUUUGUGACAUGGACCAUGGAGGGUGGUAGCUGGCUCCGGUACGAUGACACUGUGGUGACACGAAUGUCUGCUUUGCCGAAGAAGGUUGCCAAGAGCGUGGUGCUGGCUGUGUACGAGACUUGCGUCGUGACUAGCUUUGCGACAGAGCAGGCUGCGACUGGGUCAGUUGCUGAUAUGACACCCACAGACCCUGCAGCCAACGCGGAAGAGAAUGCAGCAGGAAGCAUUGCCCCCGCAACGACAGAGCUGGCGUCCACUGUCCUGGACUCGCAGGCUGGGGAGGCACUGCAGUCAACAGCAGGGGUGGACGCAAAAGCGGAGAGCCUUGGCUUGCAGACCUUGCCCUUUGCGGAAACCGCUGAUGGCACCCUGGAGUUCGAAAGGGAUGUGGUCGCUGCCUUGUCCAUCUUCCAAGCCGGUGAGGAUGUAGCUGCUUUUCUCGCGAACCUGCCGGCUUACAGCGUGCGAUCCUUAGCAGAGAUUUUGGCAAUGGAGCAAGCAGACGUGAAGGAGCAGUUGCCUGCUGUGAUUGCCGGGUUUGAAGCUGAUGAGUUUGGCGGGAAGCAGGCGGUGGAGCUGCAGUACCCGCUGUGGCGGACAAGUUUUUACCCAAUCUUGGUCCUCAUGGAGGCAUGGAGUCGGAGCACUGGCAUGCCGACCGUGUUCUACUACGAUGCUUUCUGCGCGCUUCUAAUGGGUCUGCUCCACAAAGAGAUCUGCGUGGAUGUGGCGGGCUACCCGUGUCGCAGCCGAUACUGGGCCAUUGGCACAGCGCGCCCUGGAAGCGGGAAGAGUCCGGCAGUGGACCCGAUGGUUGAAUGCCUUCGCAGCGUGUUGCAAGAGAAUCUGCACCUCGCAGCUGGAUGUGGCUGGGACAAGUUUCACUUGUUAGGUCCGGGCACGCAUUGUGCGGCUGUGGACAAGCUAAAGGUGACAGAUGGCUACGCCACGCUCAUAGCUGGUGAAGGCGGCCCUUUGCUCUGCCCAUCCUAUCCUCAAACUGGCACUUGGAAUCAAUCCACACACAUCAACUUUUCCAGGUUCUUGGACAGCGCUACAGGGGGCGAGGUGCCGUGGGAAACUGCCAUUGACCGCAAGGCCAAGAAAGAGUCGGCGGAGGACAAGGUUGUGCCGGUCAAAGGUGUACCCUUGCAGAAGACCAACGUAACCUUUGCUUUGCUGCAUCAGCUGUCCGUGUGGCAGAACUGGUGGGUGGCUAGCGAGGUUCGUAGCCAAAUUGGUUUGCCGCAGCGGUGCAUGUUCUCAUUCGGAGCUCUCCGGGAUCCAGGCCCGCCUCGCCUGCAGGGCUUUGAGAAGCAGGUGGUGAUGCCCAUUCUGCGCCGCAUCUUUCAGUCUGUGCUGAAGUCAAUAGGUUGCAAGGCGCCGAUGGCUAUAGAUGCGCCUGCAAGAGAGUGGAAGCUCACGCCGGCUCUGAAGGAGGUGUUCCACGCAUACCGUCUGACUUGCCGGGAUGUCACCAAACGCACUUUUUUUGGAGAGACGUUGGCAACUGGACUGACAAGGACCAAGACAACCUUGCCAACGUGGAGUGGCCAGCUGAGCGCGGAGGGGCUGAAGAUGGCCACACUAUGCUUUCAGGAGAGAUUUCUGUACGGCUUGGCUGUCUUGGAGGGCGUGGAAGCGAUGGGGGAGCUCCUUCGCACCUUGGUGGGCUCAGGGUGGCGCGCAGAGUGGACGCGGCGGUGCGGCCCGCCCUUUCGCAACUUGCCGGCCCCGCUAUGGAAAGAAGGCCCGUAUGAGGAGGUCAUGGCGCUGUUAGCGGAGCGUGGUCUUGGACAAGUGCGUGGGCAAUGCUUCGACAAUGGGCAGGAGCUAGUCUUUGUCAAGUUCGCCUAUUCAGUGUUGCCCAAGGAAGCCAAGGAUUCGCUGAAGGAAAUGGGCGUGCCUAGCUGGCAGCUUUGCAGCGAGAAGAAGGCGCAGCCGAAGCCGGCUAUUGCUCCAAAGAGGUCAGCGACGACGCCGACUGUAAAAGAAGGAGAGCCGCCUUGCGCGCCAGAGGAGGGCCCAAGCACACCAGCGGAGAGUUGGGCGAUAAUCUUUCACGGGAAGCCGUGCGAUGGCGCAGAUGUGGCAACCUACACAGGCUUGCGGAAGGCAGUGGAGCGUCUUCUUGGACGGCGGAAAGACCAAGGCAUUUACACCUUCCAUGAAAAGCAGUUGAAGAGGGACGGCAAAACGUUGCUGGGGAUCUGCCAGCAAAGUGUGUGCGCCGGCUGCACACGACAGGUGAAGGCAACCCUAACCUUCGAAGAGAAAGGGCCGCUGCUUUGCGUGGAGCAAAAAGGGUGCCAUGGGAAACUGCAGCCCCCGCGCGGCGGCUGCUUGUGGACAUGCGCGGAGGCGUGCGCUUUGGAAGGGCUGGAGGAGAAGCGGCCAAAGGUCACGUCAAAGGAUGUGCGAGAAGCCUUGAAGGCCCAGAACUUGAGCCUACGAUGCAGCAAUACUCAACUGCACAACUUUGUAGUGCGAUUCAACAACGCAGGCCCACCACGCUCUGCCAAGAGCAAGGUGACGUUGAGCGAGCUGCAAAACGCAGCGCUACAGCACACGUGCCCCAACAUGGAGGCCUGGCAGACUUGGAAGGUGUCGCAGCUCCUUGUCUUGCCGUCUUCAACCUUUGAGGCGGACAGGAUCUGUGUGAUGUGGACCUGUCCGGGCAUGCUGAGACACGCUCAAGCUCUGCAAGAGAAGGUUGUGAAGCUUGCAGUGGACGCAAAGCAAAAAGUUGUUGCCAACGAGUACGGCAUUGUAACUUUGUCCUUCUUGGUAAGCAGUGCGGUGCCAAGCAAGACGUGGGCCGGGGCCACGCACACCAAGUCCACUUCGGCGCACACAGCAACACAAGAGCCAUUCCUGCAAGCGUUGGUGGACACGGAGUCAGAGGCCAACAUGACCCAAAUUUUCACGGAGGCGUGCGAGCUGGCUGAGAGGCACUGCGGCCUGGACCUCCGCGCGCAGGUUUGGCAAGUUCAUAAGGACUACGCGAAAGGCAUCGAGGCCUCGCGCCGCAAAGUGUUUCCUUACGCACGCCCAUGUGAUGACUAUGCUCACAUGCGGCGAGCAACCUACAAGGGCAUGCAGAAGUACUUGCCGGCCAAGAAGACCCCAAAGGUGAAAAAUGUGCAGUGUACCGAGAGCAAGCGCCGUCAACUGCGCAGGACACCCAAGAACAAGGGCAAGAAGCGGGGCGCCUCGUCAAGCCCGGAGAGACCUGCCACGCCGGCUGCAGAUUUGACAAGCACGCCGGACGGGAGCACCUUUGGCUACUGGGAGAAAAUUGUCCAGAUUAGCCGCGAGGUGCCGACUGUGCAAUUGUUCGAUGCGGUCUGGCAAUUGGCCUUCCCGUGGCUACGGAAGAAAAGUGCGCAAGCUGCAGAGUACUUUCAGCACACGUACUUUCAGAAAGAGGAGAAGACUUUCGUGACAUGGCCCGCCCGCUCCGCAGAUGCAUUGUUCAACAGCAAAAGCCUGCGGUCCGCGGGCAGAUCCCCUGCGAGGGAUUUUUGGGAGCAUCGGGAGCCGCGGCUGUGUGGCAAUCUCAACUACCGCCAGGUCUACAUCCGCACUGGGGAAGCAGGCGGAACCGAUGUGGACGGUGUGACAACUUUCUGGGUUCUGCAAAGCAGACUGCAGGGAGGCGUGAUGCCUGCAGAGGCGGUCGAUGCCGCAAGUGGUUGA